CGCGCCGUAUUUCCCUGGCUUGGCUAACUGAUCGUACGGUGUUCCGUCCAGUCGAGCUCAAACGGCGGCCUGUGCGGGUGGGCUGGAUGGACGGAAUAAAGACGCUGUAUAUUGCUGUUGAUUUCGUUACAUAGACUGCAGUCAUACCGGCCCUGAUGAUCGUCUCAUUCAUUUUGUCCGCGCUGCUGGCGGCCUCGGUUAAAGCAGAUUUCUUCCAGUUCGACAGCAUCUCUAAUGUUUCCACCUACUACUUCAAUUACCUCUACUGUCAUGUCUGGGAGGGAGAGUGUCAGCCGAACCAGGACGAUGCGAGCCAGCAAGUGCCUACUGGGGACAUUUGGUCCUGGUUUUCUCAAGAUUACGUGGGCAUGAUGACCGCUUGGUACUGCAGCCUGGGACAGUGUUGUGAUUCAGGCGACUGCAGAAUUACUAAUAACCUCACAGGUCUUGAGCGAGAUCUACAGCUAAAGCUUCAUGGGCAGCACCUGGCUCAGUCUGUGGUUCUAAAAGCUAUUCAAGGCUUUAUCAAUAACCCAGAGUCCAACAAGCCCCUGACCCUCUCUUUCCAUGGCUGGUCCGGCACGGGCAAAAACUUUGUGGCCCGGAUGGUUGCGGAUAACCUGUACCGGGAUGGAGUGAAGAGCGAGUGUGUGCGUCUGUUCAUUGCCCCGUUCCACUUUCCACAUACAAGACUGGUGGACGUGUACAAGGGCCAACUGAGGGAGGCAAUCAGAGACAUGGUACUCCGCUGCCCACAGACUCUCUUCAUCUUUGACGAGGCAGAGAAAUUGCACCCUGGGCUUAUAGAUGCGAUCAAACCCUACAUGGACCACUAUGAUAAUGUUGAUGGGGUCAGCUACAGGAGAGCCAUAUUCCUGUUCCUCAGCAAUAUUGGUGGUGCUGCUAUCAAUGAAGUAGCUCUGGACUUUUGGCACUCAGGACAGAACAGAGAAGAUAUUGGUAUGGAGGAUUUGGAACAUCGAUUACGAUCAGAAUCCAUAGAUGCUGAAGGAGGAUUUGCCCAGAGUGAGCUCAUGUCAGGUCACCUGAUCGACUUCUUUGUGCCAUUCUUGCCGCUGGAGUAUCGUCAUGUGAAGCUGUGCGCUCGGGAUGCGUAUGCUGCUCGUGGCGUAGAACCUGACGAGGCUACUCUGGAUGAGGUGGCUAAAGCCAUGCUGUAUGAGCCCAAAGAGGAGAAGCUCUUCUCUGCAAAGGGCUGCAAAUCCAUCCCUCAGCGGAUCAAUUUCUUUUUACCUUAACAGACUAACAUAGUCACUAACUUCACAUAAACAACUAUGGCAUACUUGAAAGCUGAAGUCUGUUGAGAAAGAACUAGGAUCGUAAUCUGCUGUUUAUUUAGUAUAUCAGGUACAUAUCAGAGAACAUGCAGCAUGAGGUUAAUCAUCUCAUACUGAGAUACAAUAUUGAUGAAAUUGGUGCUUGUCACCACUGAGCCCUGCAAUGACUUUUGUAACUGAAAUAACUUCUGUAUACUUAUACGUAACGCCUAGUACUUACACAUAACUACGUUAGAUCUUUUUCCACCAAUUUUCCAAGUUUACCUGAACCUUAACUGAAUGUCUAUUCUUUUAUGUUUCGUUGCAUGUUUAUUUAAUUUGCCUUUUUCCACUUGUCAAUGCAGUACAUGGAAUCUUUUAGUUGCUUUUUUGCCAUUUGUAACUUUAAUGUGCUGAUGUGUAUUUUAUGUGAGCCAGUACAGAGACUAUGGAGGCAGAACAAAUCAUUUUAAUGUUUAUAAAGUAUAACAAAAAGAUCAACAUUGCGAUUAACCACUUACCAGCAUUGCUAUCGUUGUCUCCAUUUUAGCUUUUCCAGCCUGUGUCUUGAAAAAUUCUUAAAACUGCUAUAAAAAAGGAAAAAAAUACAGCGCCUGUAACACUGUAACACCUGUGGGGAGGUGUUAUACUCUUUGCAUCUUUAACGUUUUUCAUUUGAAUUUGCACUUUUGUUGUGAUGUAACAUUGUUUUCUUUUUUUGGUAAGAAGCUGCAUGGCAGUGUUUGCAUUGUCAUUAAUUAAAUAUGCUGGAAAGAUGUGUAACUUGGAUAUUCUAAAUGAAAGUGUAUUAACCUUUUUAGGAAUUUUGGUUAUGAUAUGCAGCAAGCAUCUUCUUGAGGAAUUAAUUUAAAAUAUUUUCAUUUGCAUGCUGUUUUGUUAAAAUAAUGUUAUAAGUUCAAUAAUACUGUAUAAUUCAAGGCUUUGUUGACAUCUGAUCUUAAUGAGGUUAUCAUUGUUAUGUGAUUUUUUUAAAACGCUGUUUAAGUCUGAGACCUUUGUGUCAGUAUCAUUUUCUCCAUGUUAAGUAAGUCACCAGCUGAAAGUGCUAAACCUUUUGUGAAGAGUUCAAUUUUAACUGAUACAUAUAAUAUAACUCUUUUUGAGACUUGAAA